CCGACAAUGUCCUCUUCGACAGCUUUUAAGCGCUCACCAUUUAAAGUGUCGCAUAAUCGGGUUUUUGAUAUACAUCAUCAGCAGCAACAACUAACUGUGAAACAUAAAACCUUACUUGUUUCACCAGUCAACACAGGCAAAAAUAAUUCUAAGCUGCCGCAACCACGCAAAGUUUCACGCCUCCGCCAAUUGGCCAGUUUUUCGCCAGUACGUCAUUGGUUUACCGAAAAUCUGCGCAAUUACUGUAAUAGCACCUCGCUGCAUGGCUUCAACUAUAUCACUUUGAAAGGCUCCACGGCGAAUGAGCGACAUUUUUGGAUUGCCGUCGUUAUCAUAUCGAUUAUAACCUCAAUUGUUUUGGUGAUUGUUUCGUGGUUUUGGAAUCGUGAAACACCUACCGUAACCGUGAUUGAGAGUGCACAUUUUCCCACAUGGAAUAUACCGUUUCCCGCGGUGACCAUUUGCAAUUUCAAUAAGAUAUCGAAAACGAAGGCGCUGAAGUUGGCGAGGACGCUUAAACGCCCACCAAAUGUGUCCGUAGAGAAACUCUUGAGUCUAUUUCGCAUAACAAUGUUUUUCAAUUUCGCCUUAAAUCACACCGAAGAAGAUUUUAAAACCUUCGGUAACAUACUCACCGAUAACAACUUUACUAUGGCUCAAUUAACGCAAGAACUUACUCCGGACUGCAUGGACAUGAUCUCGAAAUGUGUGUGGAAGGGUUCUGGCUCGCGUUGUGACAGUCUCUUUCAGCGUGUGCAAGCGGUGGAAGAAGUCUGCUGUUCGUUCAACUAUUAUGGACGUCUGACUAAUAAUUUUCCAAAAAAAAUCGCAUAUCAAAUUCCGAAGCAACCAUAUCGCGUUACUGGCUGUGGUCACUCCACAGGCAUCUCCGUUGUACUCAAUCCCAUAACGGAUGACUACUUCGGCACUUAUCUGAGCAGUUACGGUUUUCGUCUGUUAAUUCAUGAUGCGUAUAAUUUUCCCGAUGAAAAUGCCGAAACGAAGGUAGUCACUUCGGGUCGUGAAAGUUUCGUACGCAUAAAUCCCGAAUCGACAUAUGCGACAAAUGUUGUGAGAAAUAUGGAUAUAGAGCUGCGUAACUGUUUAUUUUACAAUGAGAGAAGUUUGCCAUCAAUGCAACGCUACUCAUUCGUCAAUUGUAUGGCUGAGUGUCGUACAAGAUAUCUGCAUGACCUUUGUGGUUGCAUACCGAUGAGCUUGCCGAAUAAUGGCAGUUUUCGUACUUGUGGCCUGAGUGAAAUAUAUUGUGUUUUGAAUACACGAGAAAUUUUCUCACUGGGUUUACCAACAAAAAAUAAAACGCUGUCGAUUGUACAAAAUACGGAUAAGUUUCCUUGUGACUGUUUACCCAACUGUGAAUUUAACAGUUAUCCGUCGGAAAUAACUAUGGGACUUUUGGAUAUGAAAUUAGUUUCUACGAGUAACAAUAUAAACCGCACGGUUAAUACGGACGAACAAAUUCUUCUACAUGUUUUCUUCAGCGAUUUAAUGGCCAAGCGUUAUCGCAAGGAUAUAUUUCAAGAUUGGUUAUCGUCAUUAGCAUCGUUUGGCGGUCUGCUGGGUUUAAUAAUGGGUUUCAGUAUAGUGACUGCUUUCGAAUUUAUUUAUUUUCUUACAUUCAGACCAAUUUUUAAUUAUUUCAAUGAUGUUUAAACAUAUAGAUAUGGUUAUAUCAAGAAAUGAUAUUAUUCAGGUUUGCAUGUAAAAUAAUAUUUAUAAUAUAUGUAUGGAACAAUAAGUAGUUGUUGACGAAAGAAAAAUAAAAGAAUA